GGAUACUGUCAAUCAAUGAAUAUAGUAGCCAGUGUUUUAUUACUGUAUUGUACAGAAGAACAAUCAUUUUGGUUAUUGACAGCAAUCUGUGAACGUUUACUACCUGAUUACUAUGAUAGUCGUGUUGCUGGUGUACGCGUUGAUCAACAAGUACUUCAUGCUUUAGUCGUUGAAUAUAUUCCAGAAUUAAAAUCAGUUUUACAAAUUCCAGUACAAGAUAGUUUGAAAAAUAUUGUCACUUCUGAAUAUAAUAUUGAAUCAAUGGUUGGCGGUUUUUCAACAGCUUCCAAUCAUCAUUAUAUGUGUCAGUCAUUAGGCUCAGAAUUAAUCAGUAUGCUACCAUUAAGCUGGUUCUUGACGUUGUUUUUAAAUACUAUGUCCUUUCAUUGUGCUGUUUACGUUUUGGAUUUUUUCUUUUAUGGUGGAGCUCGUGUUAUUUUCCAAAUAGCAUUAGAUGUACUUCGUCAGCAUACAUCGUUUAUCAAGAAGUCUGUUGAACAAAACGAUGACAGUAGUGUUUUAACUAAACUGAAUGCAUAUUUUAAUAAAUUACGUCAUCAAGAUCAUACAUCAAAUGAAUCUAUAUAUAAUCUGUUGACUUCAGCUGAUCGGAAUUUUAAUAUUACAAAUGAACUUAUCGAUCAGAUGCGUUUACAAUAUAGACCUAAAGUAAUUCAAUCACUUAGUGAUUACACGUCUAAAGAAGUUGCAAGAAGUUUAGAUCGUGAAUGUCCUGGGGAUCUGAUCUUGCUUUUUGAAUGUUACAGAGACCAUUAUAUUCUUUCGAAAUAUGAGCGAAUCCAUCAAAUAGCGCCAGCUAAAACUCAUAAUGAAACAAAUAAUCCAAAUCGUCCAGCUUAUGAUGUUCAUCGUAUUGACGCACGUCAAUUUAAUAGUCUAUUUCAGGGAUUAGUUCCAUGGGGUGCUGCAGCUGAACGUUUAGGCCUUCCAUGCUUUCAUCUACUAGAUCAAGAUGAAGAUAAUCUAAUUAACUUUAAGAGUUUUGUUUGGUUAAUGGAAAGUAUAUGUGGUCAUGAUCUAAAUACAAAACUACGUUUAUUAUUCUUAUUACAUCGAUCUCCUUACUGGGUUACAUCUGAACAAGGAAAUGAAUCCAAGUGGAAUAUACUAGGUGGUAUGCUGCCAUUCAACAAUAUUGAAAGUUGUAAAAAAGAUAGUAAUAAUUCUAUUUCUUGUGAUACAAGUAUUGACAGUUAUCAUAUCUGUUCUAAAUCAGAUUUCGAUACAGUAGAGAUCGGUACAGAUAUUAUUGCUGAGGAGUCUAUAGAACAACACCACACAGCUGAUAAUGAAAAUGAUGAAUUUUCAAAAAGUCAUGUUUCCGGAUAUACUUUAGAAAUUGCACAUGAAAUUCCAAUUGUUAUUCCUGAUCCUUUAGGCUUCAUCAGCAAUAAAUACAGUUCAAGAGAUAUAAGUGAACAGAUUUCACUGAAUUAUAAUCAGUUUCAAUGUUUAACAGAGACAAUACGAGUAAUCGUAGAAAGUGUAGACGAAGAUAAAGAAGAAAUGUUGGAUUCUGUCAAUUGUUUAUUCCUUGAAUUGUUCACACAAGAAUUACAAAAUAUAGAACGGCUUAAUAAUUAUACUUCGACCAGUUCAACUGACAACGUUAGUAUGCAUGGCACGGAAUAUAACGACGGACGUCCUAGUGUUGAAAGUAUGAUUCAGUCAUUUUGGAGAUUGAAAUUAUGUGAUUUUCAGAAAGCUUUCUGGAAACAGGUAUUGUUACGCAACCAUUUCUCCAAAGAACUAUCUAUUGAAAGACAAUGCUCUAAGUUUCGGGAUUGGCUUUAUUGUGGCUAAAAUGGUAUAUCCCUCAACUAUUUGACUGCUUUGGUUCCCCUCUGUGUUCUAAAGUCUCAUUAUCAUUGUAUUUCAAUAUCUCAUCCCUCCACUUCCGUACAGUGUUGUUAAUUCUGUACAAGUUUAUAGAUGUCUUUUUCUGUCUUGUUUUCAUAUUUUUGGUAAAGAAUUUAUUUAUUCACUGUGUAACUAUAAUUUCUAUUGUUUUUAGAUAGUAUCGUUGCAUAAUUUUGUGGCUUCCCUGUUUUUUUAAAAUCAAUAUCCCUCCCCCUCCUUUCAACCCGGUAAUAUUGAUCGCCCUAAAUGAUUUGAUCUUUUUAUAAAUGAAAACUUCAUUUGGCAAAAAUAAGUCUUUCCAAAAUAAAUUUAUUGUCUCUUUUACCAAUGGUAAUAACUAAUGCUUCAUGAUCACAUAUUGUCACAGUAAGUGACAAUAUCUCAGUUCUUUUGUUUUCCUUAUUUUAACUGUUCAACAUAUGAUCUGAUUAGCUCCCGUUAACUUCCUUGUUAUUUGUUGCACUCUGAUUUUGUUGUCACAGGUGUUUUCUUUGCUGACUUUUUAAAAAAUAAUAUCGUAAAUGUUACAAAUUUCUCGAAUCUCAUUCAGAAAUACUUUAAAUAAAAUUGAUACAGUAGAGUUUCGUUUUUAUUAACUUGAUGGUUAGUAAACAUACAAUUCAUUUAGCCUUAAUUUUUCAUGUACUCAGGCGAUUGAUAUAUUUCUUUGGGGAUUCAAAUAAACUUAGUAGAAA